AUGACAAGAUCAAAAUCAAGAUUGAAAGUUUUUCAUUCUCUCAUCCUACUAUUCUUCUGCUACGUGCAGUUGUGUUUUUCCGAUGACACACCAUUAUUAAUUGCUCUUAGAAACUUGCUUCUCGGAAAAAAAGGCGUUGAUUCCACCUGGUUUGGUUCAAUGAUGCCUCCAUGUAACUGGACUGGCAUAAGAUGUGAGAGUUCUUUAGUUCACCAAAUUUCGCUACCGUGUACAUCAUCAUCGCCUCUAAGUCUUCCAUUCCCCAAGAUUCUAAAAGAAUUCAGAUCUUUAAAGCAUCUUAAUCUUAGACAUUGUGGCUUUAAUGGCCCUAUAUACUCAGAUUUUUGGACUCUGGAACACUUGGAGACACUUGACCUAACUGAUAACAGGUUGUUAGGGGUGUUGCCUCUAGAAAUUUCAAAUCCGAAGAAGCUCAAAGUUCUUGUACUUAACAGCAAUAACUUUUCAGGAAAUUUACCAGCGACGAUCGGGCAGCUCAAGGACCUGAACGAAUUCUCAGUUUAUUCAAAUUCAUUUUCGGGCAGUCUUCCAUAUCAGAUUGGGAACCUGGAGAAGCUGCAGUUUCUUGAUCUCAGUCUUAAUUUAUUUUCUGGAUCUCUUCCUUCAGAAAUUGGGAAUUUGAAGAUGCUUUUGGCUCUUGAUCUCUCUAUGAACUCUUUCACGGGUGAUAUACCGGAAACAAUUGGUGCUCUUACGAAUGUCCAAGUUCUCAACCUCCAGAAUUGCAAGUUUACAGGAAACAUCCCUGCUCAGAUUACAAAGAUGACUAGCUUAAGCACAUUGAACAUAGCACAUAACUCUUUCGAUGGUGGAUUGCCUUCUAGCUUUGGUGAGCUGGCAAACCUUGCGUUCUUUCAAGCCCAUAAUGCAAGACUAAGUGGGCCAAUCCCAUCAUCAAUGGGAAACUGCAAGAAGUUGAGGAUACUAAAUCUUUCCUAUAACAAAUUAUCCGGCCCCUUACCUGAUAGUCUUGUUAAUCUUGAAUCAAUAAACUCGCUUUUUCUUACUUCAAACCACCUGUCUGGCCCGUUGCCAGAAUGGCUUUCCAACUGGAAAUGUGUAUUAUCCAUAAUGUUGUCAAUGAACCUCUUUACCGGACCUCUCCCACCACUCAACAUCCCAUCCCUGACCUCACUUGAUCUUAGUUCCAACAAGCUUUCUGGUGAAUUGCCAGCUGGAAUUUGUCAAAACAAUUCAUUAGGGAUGUUAUAUUUAUCUAGAAAUGAGCUCAAUGGUACCUUAGGCGGAAGUUUCAAGAAUUGUUCUAUUCUCAAAGAUCUGGUAUUAUCUGGAAACAACUUCUAUGGUGAAAUACCUGGUUACUUAGGAGAACUUCAAUUGGUAACAUUGGAAUUAUCAAAGAAUCAAUUCUCUGGAACAAUUCCAACUCAAUUGUGGGAGUCUAAAACCCUGUUAGCGAUCUCACUCGAUGAUAACUUGCUUCAAGGUCAUAUUCCAGAUGCAAUUGCAAAGGCUUCCACGCUUCAGAGGCUGCAUUUGGAUAAUAAUCUCUUUGAAGGACCUAUUCCAAGCUCAAUUGGUCAACUCAAAAAUUUGACCAAUUUGUCACUUCAUGGUAACAAGUUGACUGGUAACAUCCCAUUGGAGCUUUUCAGUUGCGUGAAACUGGUCUCUUUGGACCUUGGUUCAAACAAACUUACGGGCCAUAUACCAAAGUCCAUAUCGCAACUGGAAUUGCUUGACAAUCUUGUUUUGUCCAACAAUCAACUCUCGGGUCCUAUACCAAAUGAGUUAUGUUUAGGUUUUCAGAACGUUGCACUACCCGAUUCUGAAUUUUUCCAGCACUACGGCAUGCUUGAUCUUUCCAACAACAGGCUUUCCGGUCCCAUUCCAACCUCAAUCAAGAACUGCAUCAUUGUGACAGAGCUUAUACUAUCAAGGAACCAACUUGAUGGGCCCAUUCCUUAUGAAAUAUCUGGAUUAUCCAACUUAACUUCACUUGAUCUGUCUUUUAAUCGUCUUACUGGCCCAGUUCCUCCUCAGUUCUUCUCCAUGAGAAAUCUACAAGGCUUGAUAAUUUCACAUAACCAGAUAGGUGGCUCUAUCCCUAAUAAUUUUGGAUCAAUGAUGCCAAGUUUAGUUAAGCUAGACUUAUCAAACAACCGUUUCACUGGCUCUUUGCCUUCCACUAUGUUUAGCAUCAAUAAUCUAGAAUACCUGGAUGCUAGCAUGAACCAUUUUUCUGGUCAACUCAUUUUUGACCAUAUCGGCACCACCUCUCUCUUUUCCCUAAACGCCAGCAAUAACCAUUUUUCUGGUGCCCUUGAUCCCUCUAUAUCCAAACUGAUAGCCCUAACCAUUUUGGAUAUUCACAAAAACAUUCUCAAUGGUAGUUUACCUUCUCUUUCCUGUUAG